CACAGCAGCAAGGACGGCGAUAAGGACGCAGCUGUGGACGCUGAUGAGUUCACAGACGAGCAGCCGAGUGCGGCUGCAGGAGGGAGCCGGCAGGUCGAGGUGGGUAUCGAAGGACCGCAGGAACUGGGCAUGGAGAGUCUAUCCACCUUUAUCCAGCACGACGACGCGGAGGCUGGAUCGCCCGCUGAAGGACCCGAAUAUCGGGACGAAGUUGCAAGGUUCAAGACGGACAACGAGCACAGAGCUGCGGCUGCAGCAGCGUCAGGUAAGUGAUAUUUUGAUUGGAAGCGGUUUUUGCUGCGCAAACUUUUGAUGCACGACGCCUCAGUUGCGCCCAGUUCGUAGCACUGUUUGGCAAGAAAUCGCUGCCACCACUGACUCUCGAGGAGAUUCAUUUUGCAAACUUCAGCGUCUGUGUGGUCUUCUUUCUGAAGGAAAACGUUGUGGCAUAACUUUCCGCGACCCCGUUAUUUCUUUGGGGAAUAUCAAGCGUAAGUACAAUUAGGGCUGCUCAGCUCUGUGCCCGUUUCGCGCGAGAAAGUCUGGUCUUCUGCGGAAACAACUAAAAACGCAUGUUGCAUUUUCAUUUCCAUCCGAAGCAGAAACAAAAACAAGAAAUUGGCAUCUUGUCCUCGGAUUUUAUGGUUUCUAGGGGAUUAUUCGCGUCACGGGCCCCUUCCACUUUGAUGAAUUUCCAGGUGGCGCUGACAUGAAGGAUGGCAGCGCAAAAAUCGGGCAGCAAUCACCAUCUCCGGCGCAGCACAACGGGCAUCAUAAACACGAUUCCGCAAUGGAGGAAGGGCAACGCACAGGAGCGUAUGCAUCUCUGGAACAUCUUCCAGACUACCGCACGAUGGACUUUGCGCCCGAGCUCGCGCGCGGGCUGGAGGCCAAACGGACGGAGGACGAGCGCGUGGAGGGGUGCAUCAGCUACAUCUACG